AUGCCCACUCCUCCUCGUCUUACACGUGGAGAAGCUGCAGCCCUGAAUGAAGAGGGCCCAGCCCUUCUCCCAGAAAAUAAGGGUGAGGAGCUACAGAAGGGUGGAGUGGAACCAAUUACUACAAACGUAAAGGAUGGGACUCCGGGGACUUGGAAGGGCUUGGGCAAACUGAGGCAGGAACAGAGACACAGAAAGAGGAAAUGGGCUGUCAGCCUAGCCCCCUGCCCACCACACCCCCACUUGAUUGGACCGGAUGUCUCCCAGCAUCAGGGCCCCCAUCAGGAUGAGCAUGGCUGGCCCCCUGUGAACACCACCACUCGGCCUUGGCGAUCUGCUCCUCCGUCCCCUCCUCCUCCAGGGACCCGCCACACAGCCCUGGGGCCCUGCUCGGCCUCCCUGCUCUCCCUGCAGACUGAGCUCCUUCUGGAUUUGGUGGCUGAGGCCCAGUCCCGCCGCCUAGAGGAGCAAAGAGCCACCUUCCACAUCCCCCAGAACCCCCCAAGCAUAGCCCCAGCCCCACUUCGGCCUCUUGAGGACAGAGAACAGCUCUACAGCACUAUCCUCAGUCACCAGUGCCAGCGGAUGGAAGCCCAGCGGUCAGAGCCUCCCCUACCCCCAGGGGGACAGGAGCUCCUGGAGUUGCUGCUGAGAGUUCAGGGUGGAGGUCGAAUGGAGGAGCAAAGGUCCCGGCCCCCCACACAUACCUGCUGAGACGUGAGCCCCUCCACCAGCCCCUCCACACUCCUGGGGCUCAAACCUGGGCAGCAUGCCCUCAACCCCUGCUUGGCAGGGGCACCAGAGACUGGAAGACCCAGGAGAAAUCUCAAUAUCCAUCAUCUUCAUCCACCUUCCCGAGGAACAGAGGAGGUGAAAGUCCUGGGAAUAGGGUAGGAUGGUCAUUUAACUCCCUCCCCCAGUACAUGGGAGCUUGAAGCAGUGAGAAGAUCCCAGCCACUGGGGAACACCCCACCCCCUCCCCUGAUCCCAAGGAGUGGCUGGAAGUCUUGGUCCUGAGCUGUGGGGAUACCCCCAGUAGUCUAGCCACUAGGCAGGAUCUGAGGGCUCAGGCCUCCAUCUCCCAAGAGAAGGCAAAUCUCCCAAAGUUAGGACCUGAGAGACAGUUCCACCCUCCUUCCCAGUAAUAAGAAAGGGAGAGAGGG